AUGAAUAUUAUAUACACAUUUGGAAAAAGAAAUUUAAUAAUAGAUAAAAUUUUAAAUAAUAUAGGUGAAACAUACCAAAUUGAAGAUCAUCUUAGUAAUAAUUUUCAAUAUUUUAAAAUAUUAAAUAUUUUAACUACAAAUGAUACAAUACUGAUUCAGUUUGAAAAUGAUGAAAUAAUAUUUCAAAGAUUGAUAUCAUUUUCUUUACCCCCAAUCGAAAUUAAUUUACCAAUAAAAAAAAUCAAAUUUAUAUCAUGUGGUUUUAACCACUAUCAUUUUAUAACCAAUGUAAAUUCAGUUUUUGGUUUGGGUGAUAAUAAUUUCAAUCAACUGGGUAUAUUAAAUAAAAAACAAAUUAACAAUCAGAUCAAUAACAAUCAAACUGGAUGGAUAGAUACCUUACAACCAAUUAAUUAUUUUACUGAAAUUGGGUCAAACAUAGUAUUUAUUUCAAAUGGAAGAUACCAUUCAAUUUUUAUAGAUUCUCAUGGUAAAGUUUAUUCAUGUGGUUCAAAUGAAUAUGGUCAAUUAGGUUUGGCUCAAGAUAUUGAUAGCUCUGUUGAAAAUGGUAUAAGAGAAAUUACACCAAUUACCUUUUUACCUUCAAAUGAAAAUUUUGUUAAAAGCUCAUCAGGGGAUUUUCACAACUUGCUAAUUAGCAAUGAAGGAAGGGUGUACUCAUUUGGUUCAAAUUCAUAUGGUCAACUAGGUUUAUAUGAUGAAAGCGACGAAAAAGAUGAAAAUAAUGACCUCACUCAAAACAUACCCAAACUUAUUAAAUCGCUAAGUGACAACAAUAAAAUAAUUGUAGACUCUAAAUGCUCAAGCUGCCAUUCAGUUUUACUUUCAAAUGAAAAUCAAGUUUUUACAUUUGGUAGGGGUAUAAACUAUCAACUUGGUCACUCUGAUGAUGAAACAUGCAUAGCCCCCACUUUGGUUGAUGACCUUUCAGACUAUAAUAUAUUAUCAAUGUCUUGCUCAUCCACAUCGACACUAUUUUUGGAUGACAAAAAUAGAUUAUUUUAUACCGGAGGUUAUUCAACUUUAAAUUUUAUCAACGACAAUAAUAAUAAUGAAAUGGAAUUCAAUAUCACCCCUAAACCAAUACCCCAAAUAGUUCAUUUAAAUUUUAAACCAAAUCAUUUACAUACACACCAUUCAAAUUUAAAUUUCAUUUGGUAA